CCAGAGCAACAGAAGAAGGAGGCAGGGACUCGACAACCUGUGGUGAUUCUCUUGGGCUGGGGUGGCUGCUCUGACAAGAAUCUUGCCAAGUACAGCGCCAUCUACCAUAAACGGGGCUGCAUCGUGAUCCGAUACACAGCCCCAUGGCACAUGGUCUUCUUCUCCGAGUCCCUGGGUAUCCCUUCACUUCGUGUUUUGGCCCAGAAGCUGCUUGAGCUCCUCUUUGAUUAUGAGAUUGAAAAGGAGCCCCUGCUCUUCCAUGUCUUCAGCAAUGCCGGCGUCAUGCUGUACCGCUACAUGCUGGAGCUCCUCCUCACCAAUCAGCGCUUCUGCCACCUGCACGUGGUGGGCACCAUCUUUGACAGCGGCCCUGGUGAUAGCAACUUGGUGGGGGCUCUGCGGGCCCUCGCAGCCGUCCUGGAGCACCGGCCUGCUGUCCUGCGCCUGCUGCUCCUGGUGGCCUUCGCCCUGGUGGCAGUCCUGUUCCAUAUCCUGCUUGCUCCAGUCACUGCCCUCUUCCACACCCACUUCUAUGAUAGGUUACAGGACUCAGCUUCUCGCUGGCCUGAGCUGUACCUCUACUCACGGGCUGACGAGGUGGUCCUGGCCAGAGAUGUGGAACGCAUGGUGGAAGCACGCCAGGCACACCAGGUCCUGGUGCACUCUGUGGACUUUGUGUCAUCUGCACACGUCAGCCACCUCCGCGACUACCCUACUUACUACACAAGGCUUUGUGUCGACUUCAUGCAUAGCUGUGCCCACUGCUGAGGUCCCUGCCUCACUUCUGCACCAAAAAUAAAUGCCUAA